GAGCUGUGGCGCGACUGCUUUAGCUUUUCCGACAGUCCCUCCGCAAGGCCGGGGCCUGCAGCGUUGGUCUAUGCAGUUGCUCUCAUCAGCGUGGCUGCAGCAGAGCUGUUCCAGCUGCCGGAGAACCAAGACGGUUACCUCCAGGGUCACGCUGCCUUCUACGCAGCUUACCUGAUAGCAGCCUGCCUUCCCUUGAUUUGGGUGCUUGCGGGCCUGCGGCGACGCCGGAUCUGGCAAACUCCUCCAGUGCUUCUCGCCGCCACCAAUGUUUUGCCCUGCAUCUCAGGCGUCCUGCGGCAUGUGCUGUGGUCAGUGCCCGACAGCCUUCAAUACGAUCUGCUGAAGGUGGCGACCCUCCAUAUAGUGACUGCCCUUCUGUUCCCAACCGGGCUCCUGGUGAAAGCCGUGACUCUCAGCCUUUCGACGAGUCUCGUCGUUGCUGCAGUUGUCGUCGACAGUGUCCUCUCAGACAUGAGGGCUUGGCCGGUUCUGGUGGAGGCGAGUUUGCUUUACCUGGUCCUCAGCUUGACCUCCCUUGCAGCCUGGAGCCCCGCAGAUGGCGGGCCAAGGCAGACUUUCAACCAGGCAGUUCAGGUGGCCUUUUCCGUGCAGCAGCAGGACGUGAUCUGCUGGAAUGCGCGGCACCUCUUCAAUACUCUACUGAGUGAUGCUUCUGAUUCGAACCAGCAGCCACUAGUCAGCGCGGCACUCCUGCGUCAGAGACUCAUACGGCAGCUGAAUGACGUGGGCUACAAGGCAGAGAAGACCUACAACUUGUCGCGAGACAUGCGGAGCUCACUUUCGCAAGUCGUCUCCAUCAUUCGGGUCUGCAUCGAGCGGAGUGUAGCCACCCAGGAUGCUAAGAUCAACGUGGAUGUCUCCAAUAGCCCGGCGGUGGUCCAGGACUGGUUGACUCAGAAUUUCUCCCGGUCCAUCUCCGUGGAGAGCUCGGUGGCCAACCCGGAGAUACCUCCCUCGCCUUCCCACGUGGACGUGAAGAAAGCCGCGCGGAAGUAUCUCCGGGACAAGUUCCAGUCCAACGGCUCCGUCGUCUCUGUGGAGCCGAUUCCAGAGCACUCGCUGACGAACAUAGCCGAGGCCAGCCAAGCUGCGGCAAAUCCCAAAAACGGGGGCGCGGCAGCAGAGGACGAGGACCUCAGCUUUCCGGCCACGGUAAGUGCAAUGAAGGCUGCGCUGGAUUAUUCAAGCACCGAGGGUGCGCCGUCCCUGGUUCCUGAGGAGACAGCGGGAGUCCUCAUGGCGCAGAUAGGAAACUGGGACUUCAAUGUGGUUGGGUUCUCGGAAGUCGUUGGCAGCCAAACCCUUCGAUUCAUGGCCAAGGUAGCCCUCGAGCCUUGUGCCGAGCGUCUAGGGAUUCCCAUAGGUCAGCGGCCCAAUGUUUCGUCAUUGGAAUGCGUUCUGCGCAGCUUGGAGUCGAGAUACCACCGCACAAAUCCGUACCACAACGGCGUGCACGCCGCGGAUGUUCUCAAUAGCUUCCUCUACUACCUCGGCUAUUUCAACAAGUCGGGAAAUCUGUUCAGUGAUCGCGAAAUAUUCGCGGCUUUGCUCUCCUCGGCGGCCCACGACGUAGGACACGACGGGAAGAGCUCGCGAUAUCACAUGACCACGGAGUCUCCACUGGCCCUGCUCUUCAGCGACCAGAGCGUCCUGGAGAUGAUGCACUGCUCCAUCCUCUUUGCGGUGCUGCGCUCCCGCGGCACCGACAUCUUGAACGACUGGGACUUCGACAGUCGGCAGGCCUUCCGAAAGCAGGUCAUCAG